UCAACUCGGGUGCUCUUGGAAACGAACUUUCACCAUAUGCAUCUAAGUGGAUUUGAGAUAUUUCAUUGUGCUCGCUUCUACCUAAAACUCUUCUUAAGGAAGAUUAUUCCUUCCCACCAGUACCACCUUACUAUUUAUCAUCCAGCACAACUCUUUUCCUUUCUCUCUCUCCCACAUUCGCUUUGUUUCACUUUGGCAUCCUCAUUCGAGGGCUAUAAAACCAGUUUAUCCUCAAUACCUUGCAACGGCCAAGUUACAUAGGCUAGGAAAAUCUUAUAGAGGAUUCCAUCAUGCGUUUCUAUAUCCUUUUGGCCUUGUGCCUUUCAAUUGUCCAAAUUCAGGCGACACCAACUUUUGGAUUUUUCAAUCCCAUUGCUGCUCUUCAAGCAGAUAUCCUUAAAAUAAUGAACGAGGUCGAGUGCAUGCUUGGCACAAAAUCUUCUUUUAUCCCCGCAAUUCUUACCAAAGGCAAUCCCAAAGCCGUUACAUCAAACAAGUGCUCACCAACCAAAGCAACGGCCACUAGUGCUGCUGCAGUCAAAACUUCUGUCUCUUCUCUCCAAUCGGUAGCCCUAUCCAAAUGGAGUUCGCUUCAAAGUUUAUUGUCGACAACCACUACACUUCCUCCUAUACUUACCACGAGUGUCACUGUCUCAACCGCUAAAACCGCUUCGAGCACUUCAGCUGUAGUGUCAACUUCGACAACUGCAAAGGCUACAUCUCCAACUGCAACAGCAAGUUCCACAACAGCCAAAGCAUCUUCGAUCACUAGCCAAGUUACUUCUUCAGCAGUAUCUUCUGCAUCAGCAUCAUCCUCAACCAGCAAGACUGUAAGCUCGCGCAUCGCGGUAGGAACUCCAUGUGCAGGUAAUACUGCCGCCGAUAGAUCACAGUGGUGCGACUAUUCUACCAGCACAGAUUACUACAAUGAGGUGCCAAAUACCGGGAUCACCCGCGAGGUAAGAAACUUUUUCAAAUAACUGAUAUAUUUCUCUAAUCUCAUAAUUUAGUAUUGGCUCAAUAUUCAAGAUGGCGUCGCUUCACCUGACGGAAUUUCAAGAUAUGUUCAGACGGUUAAUGGAAGUAUCCCAGGUCCAACUAUUAUUGCUGACUGGGGUGAUAAUGUUGUGGUACAUGUAACCAACAAUCUUUCUGUCAAUGGUUCAACUAUUCAUUUCCAUGGUAUACAUCAAAAUUAUACCAAUCAAAAUGACGGAGUGCCAUCAAUUACGCAAUGUCCCAUCGCCUUCGGAGCUACUUAUACCUACAAAUGGAAAGCCACCCAAUAUGGUUCAUCAUGGUAUCAUUCUCACGUUGGACUACAAGCGUGGGAAGGUGUAGCUGGUGGUAUCAUUAUCAAUGGUCCUUCUACAGCCAACUAUGAUGUUGACAAGGGAACACUUAUGCUUACUGAUUGGGGUCACACUACGGUUGACGAGCAAUAUCAAUAUGCUCAAACUGCUGGUCCACCAGUCAUGGAUACAGGCCUUAUAAAUGGUACGAAUGUUUUUGGAGAAGAUGGUGCUAGUAAUCAGACUGGUUCACGUUUCUCAACUAGUGUUACAUCAGGCACCUCAUAUCGAUUCCGUCUUGUGAAUAGUGCUAUCGAUAGUCACUUUAAAUUCUCGGUUGAUAAUCACAUUUUAACUGUUAUGGCAAAUGAUCUUGUUCCUAUCGUACCUUACCAAACUCAGGUUCUCAACAUUGCUAUCGGUUAGUGUUGCCCUAAUUCUCAUCAUCAAAAAAUACGUACUAACAGCUUUCUUCCAGGGCAACGCUACGAUGUAAUCGUAACCGCAAACCAAGCUUCCCUCGCCUCUGAUUUCUGGAUUCGAGCUAUUCCCCAAGCAUCCUGUUCGGAGAAUAACAACCCAAGUAACAUCAAAGGUAUUCUUCACUAUGGGAGUUCAACCGGCAUCCCCACAACCACCGGCUACAACUUCACCGAUGAAUGUGUCGACGAAUCCCCCUCAUCCCUAAUCCCCUUCCUCCCAAAAACCGUAUCGGCCUCCUCCAAAUCCGCCGACGAAGCCGUAACCGUCGCCCAAAACUCCAACCAACUCUUCAAAUGGUACCUCAACAACUCGACCUUCCUAACCGAAUGGGAAGACCCCACACUCCUCAUGGUCGAAAAAGAAAUCACCACCUUCACCACCGCAAAUAACCUCAUCGAGCUCCCCAACGCAAACGAAUGGAUCUACCUAAUAAUCCACUCACGCAUACCCGUCCCCCACCCGAUCCAUCUCCACGGCCACGAUUUCUACGUCAUUUCCCAACAAGCUUCCGUUUACGACCCUGCUACCGCAGUUGCCACAUACAAUCUUAAUAAUCCGCCUCGAAGGGACGUGGCUAGUUUACCCGCGGGAGGAUAUCUCGUGUUGGCUUUCGAGACGGAUAAUCCGGGGGCGUGGUUGGCGCAUUGUCAUAUUGGGUGGCAUGCUAGUGAAGGGUUUGCGAUGCAGUUUCUUGAGAGGGCGAGUGAAAUUCCGGGGAUUUUGGAUGUGGCGUCUUUGCAGGGGACUUGUGAUCAGUGGAAUCGGAAUGCAGUUCAUCAGGAGGAUUCGGGGAUUUAGGGGUUAGUGGCUCAAGGGGGUCUUUUGUAUAUAUAAUUUUCGAUUUUCUUUCGUUUUUCUUGGAUUUGGAUGUGGAUUUGAAUUGGGAUUUGUGGGGUGGAAAGUUGAUGGUGGGUGGAUUGCAGAUGUUUUUAUAUAUAUCCCAUGAUUGAACCUUUGAGGAUAAUGUUAAUGCUCUUUUUUAUUUUAUCAUAAAGAAGAGAAGGAAGAGGAAAGAUAUCAUAGAUAGAUAGAUAGAUAGAU